CUCCCAAACGCCAAGUUUUCGCGGGAAAAAAAUCAGAGCAGCUGGCAGCGCAGCGGGCAGUGGUGGCCGUCCGGGCGCUCGGGAUCGCACGCACGUCCGCGCGGGGUCCCGGCCACACACGCGGCUCCUCUGCCAUCCUCAGAAGGGCCAGCGCGCAAGCAGCAGGCACCAUGUGGAUCCAGGUUCGCACCAUGGAUGGGAAGGUGGCCCACACUGUGGACUCCUUGUCCAGGCUGACGAAGGUGGAAGAGCUGAGGAAGAAGAUCCAGGAGCUAUUCCACGUGGAGCCAGGCCUGCAGAGGCUUUUCUACCGGGGCAAGCAGAUGGAGGAUGGCCACACGCUGUUUGACUACGACGUCCGCCUGAACGACACCAUCCAGCUGCUGGUCCGGCAGAGCCUCGUGCUGCCCGCCCCCAGCAGCGGCAGCGGCGGCAGCAAGGAGAGGGACUCCGAGCUCUCCGACACGGACUCCGGCUGCUGCCUGGCCCAGAGCGAGUCGGACAAGUCUUCCAACAGCGGCGAGGCCACCGCCGAGCCGGAAGGGAAGGCGGAUGAGGACGAGUGGGACGAGACGGAGCUGGGCCUCUACAAGGCCGGUGAGUACGUGGACGCGCGGGACACGAACAUGGGCGCGUGGUUCGAGGCCAAGAUCGUCAGGGUGACGAGGAAGGCGCCGGCCCAGGAUGAGCCCUGCAGCUCCACCUCCAGCUCAAAGCCAGAGGACGACAUCGUGUAUCACGUGAAAUACGAUGACUACCCAGAGAACGGAGUGGUCCAGAUGAACUCACGGAACGUCCGGGCUCGUGCCCGACACAUCAUCAAGUGGCAGGACCUGGAGGUGGGCCAGGAGGUCAUGGUCAACUACAACCCUGACAACCCCAAGGACCGCGGCUUCUGGUACGACGCCGAGAUCCUGCGGAAGCGCGAGACCCGGACGGUGCGGGAGCUGCAUGCCAAUGUCAGAAUCGGGGAUGAUUCUCUCAACGACUGCCGGAUCAUCUUCGUGGACGAAGUUUUCAAGAUCGAGCGCCCGGGCGAGGGGAACCCCAUGGUGGAAAACCCAAUGAGACGGAAGAGCGGGCCCUCCUGCAAGCACUGCAAGGACGACGAGCGCAAGCCGUGCCGCAUGUGCGCCUGCCACCUGUGCGGGGGCAAGCAGGACCCCGGCAAGCAGCUGCUGUGCGACGAGUGCGACAUGGCCUUCCACACGUACUGCCUGCGCCCGCCGCUCAGCAGCAUCCCCGCCGAGGAGGAGUGGUACUGCCCCGAGUGCCGGAUCGACUCCAGCGAGGUGGUGCAGGCGGGCGAGAAGCUGAAGGAGAGUAAGAAGAAGGCGAAGAUGGCGUCGGCCACGUCGUCUUCGCAGCGGGACUGGGGCAAGGGCAUGGCGUGUGUGGGCCGCACCAAGGAGUGCACCAUCGUGCCGUCCAACCACUUUGGCCCCAUCCCGGGCAUCCCGGUGGGCACCAUGUGGAGGUUCAGAGUUCAGGUCAGCGAGUCUGGGGUCCAUCGACCUCACGUGGCGGGCAUCCAUGGCCGGAGCAACGAUGGGGCAUACUCCCUGGUCCUGGCUGGAGGGUACGAGGACGACGUGGACCAUGGGAACUCGUUCACGUACACAGGUAGCGGUGGACGAGACCUUUCCGGUAACAAGCGGACUGCAGAGCAAUCUUGUGAUCAGAAACUCACCAACACCAACAGGGCGCUGGCUCUGAACUGCUUCGCCCCCAUCAACGACCUCAAAGGGGCCGAGGCCAAGGACUGGCGGUCGGGAAAGCCUGUCCGCGUGGUGCGGAACGUCAAGGGCCGCAAGCACAGCAAGUACGCCCCCAUCGAGGGCAACCGGUACGACGGCAUCUACAAGGUUGUGAGGUACUGGCCCGAGAAGGGCAAGUCCGGCUUCCUGGUGUGGCGCUUCCUGCUGCGCAGGGAUGACGUUGAGCCAGGGCCCUGGACCAAGGAGGGGAAGGACCGGAUCAAGAAGCUUGGGCUGACCAUGCAGUACCCGGAAGGCUACCUGGAGGCCCUGGCCAGGAGGGAGAAGGAGAAGGAGAACAGCAAGAGGGCGGCCCCGGAGAAAGAGGAGGAGGACGGGGAGGAGGGCUUCGCAUCCCCCAGGAAGGGCAAGCGGAAGAGCACGUCGGCUGCAGGCGACGAGUCCUCACGAGGGACGCCCAAGAAGACCAAGGUGGAGCCCUACAGCCUCACCUCCCAGCAGAGCAGCCUCAUCAAGGAGGACAAGAGCAACAUGAAGCUGUGGACCGAGAUCCUGAAGUCGCUCAAGGACGGGCCGAAAUUCCUGAGCAACGUGGAGGAGACGUUCCAGUGCAUCUGUUGCCAGGAGCUGGUGUUCCGCCCGAUCACGACCGUGUGUCAGCACAACGUGUGCAAGGACUGCCUGGACAGGUCCUUCAGGGCCCAGGUGUUCAGCUGCCCGGCGUGCCGCUACGACCUGGGGCGGGGCUACGCCAUGCAGGUGAACCAGCCGCUGCAGGCGGUGCUCAACCAGCUCUUCCCCGGCUACGGCAGCGGACGGUGAUGCUCAAGCCCUUCUCCUCGGGGAUUUUCUUUUUAAACCGUUAUCAGGUGGGGUCCACGACCCCCAUUUUGUUUUUAGUGGGCUUAACUUAAACAGGUAGUUUUUUUCCUCCACUCCCUCAAAAAAAGCCUCGUCUUCCCGGUUUGGUUUUGUUUAUUGUUUUUUUUUUUAAUCUAUAAGUUUUUCAGGAAUUUAUAUUACAAAGGAAGAAAGUUGGACUUCCCCAUGUUUUUAUUUUGUUUUUUAAAAAAUAGCCAGCAAUUUAUCAGCCAAAAAAGUAAAAAAUAAAAACAAAAAAAAAUCCAAAAAAAGAAAAAAAAAAUCGUUCUUCUCCUGAGAAUGGAAUUUAGAAACGACUUGGCGCCAAGGCCGCUGAAGUUCCCAGCGUCAAGUUCUCAGCCCUUCCCGCCGCCUGCUCGCAAGAAGGCGGCGGGCUGCCUAGAACAAUCUUUUUCAAGGUUGGUGGAUCGGCGCCCCCCCGCCUCCCCUCCCCAGGUGAAAUCCCACCUGGCGGUGGCCCUGGGCGUGGCCUCAGCCCCGCAUCCCCGCAUCGACCCGCAGGAAAGUGUUCAAAGGAAAAAGUGACGUCCCCUUGGGCCCCAGUUGAAACCCCCGCCUCCAAGCCAUCCCCCCAUCGGGCUGCUUCCGCCUCCACCGCACUCAGAAGCCACCGGCCACCGGAGCCGAGAGCUGGGGCCACACCGAAGCUACCUCCGCCGGACUCUCCCCUCCGUGGGGGCCGAUGCCCGGCCCGGUGCCGUCCCCUCUGGAAGCAAACACCCGGGGCCACGUUCAAGUGCCUUUGGUCCCUCCUUCCUCGUUCCCCGCGGGGCUCUCUCUCAGCACUGAAUUGUUGACGAUGCCAACCGGAUUCUCAAACUGUGGUCCUCCAGCACCUCCCUGGGCACCCCGGGUGAGCGAGUGGGGACGAAGGGACUUUUCGUCCAUCCUCGAAACUGAAUUUUCAACUCGCCAAUUGGGAAUUACAAGAGGGAAACAUUUAAAAAAAAAAUAAACGCCUUUUCUAAAUGAAAUUUUUUUUUUGGAGUUACUGUAUAUGUACCAAGAAAGCUAAUAACUUAGGGUUUGGUUGUUUUUUGGGGGGGGGGGGAGUUUUGUAUUUUUUGGAAUUUGUUAAUGUUUCUAACUUUACCAAAGUUUGCAGCUUAUACCUCAACAGAACAGGGAUAUUUUAAAUCACAUAACUGCAGACAAACUGGAGCAAUAUUGUUUUAAAAGUUUCUCUUUUUUUCCUCAUUAGGUGGUUAAUGUAUUAGGAAUAAACGACGAAAUCCUGUGUAGGCUUUUUCUAUGAAGUUCAAUAUUCUCUGUCCAGGUUUUAGAUUCUCAGAAUAAAUGCCUUU